AGUGGGACGGAGGGAAUCCUAAGGAAGCAAAGGAAAAAAAAUAGAAAAUAAAAAUGAAGAGGGAAAGAGAAGAGGAGGAGGUGGGCGGCGCCGCCAUGUCGCCGUCGUCGCUCGGUCUUCCCUCUACCGUCGCCGGCGGUUCCUCCGCCGCUAGGGUUUUACUUUUACGCCGAGCAACGGAGUCGCCCUCCGGUUUCCCCAGCCUCCGGGCGCCUUCCCCCAUUGUGCGGGCCAUGCGCACCCGUCUCGACCCGCCGCCGCCACCGCUCGCCGCCGCUCCUACCCCUCCUCCUCCUCCUCCGCCGCCGCCACAGAUAAUACCGGAGAAACGGCGGCGGGGGCGCCCGCGUAACUGCGACCGCCUCCUCCAGCCGCCGGGCUUCCUCCUCACUCCGGCACCGCCGCCGACUCCGGCUGCGCACGGGCACGGCCAAUUGGGUGGGCUCCAGCCGCACGUGCUCAAAAUAGAUGUGGGAGAGGAUAUCAUAUCAAAGAUUGUGGGGGCCUCAAAAAUAAUCGGGAAGGCUGUCUGUGUUCUCUCAGUGCUUGGGGUCGUUCAGGAAGCAAAUCUACUACACUCUUCUGUCAUUUUAAAUCAUAAGGGUCCUUUAGAAAUCAUCCGCAUGUUCGGAUCCAUUUGUACAUCUGAUAGCCCUGGAUUUGGGUGCUUAUCUGUGACCCUUGCUUGUGCUGAUUGUUCUGUGGUCGGUGGCGUUGUAGCUGGGCCUCUUGUGGCUGCAACACCUAUACAGGCAAUUGUUGGAAGCUUUUACAAUGAUGCUUUCCGGGCAAACAAGACACCUGGCAUCAAUGCAGGUUACCCCAAUUCUCAGUUUGCCACUGGCUAUUGGGUCACACAUUACCCCAAUUCUCAGGUUGGCACUGGCUUCGGGGUCAUGCGUUACCCCAAUUCUCAUGCUGCAACUGGCAGUGGCUGCACACCUUCUUACCCCAGUUCUCAGGUCGCCGUUGGCACUGGUAGCAUGCGUUGCCUGAAUUCUGAGGUUGCCACUGGCAGUUGGAGCAAACAUGACCCCAAUUCUCAUGUUCCCAUUGGUGAUGGGAGCACUUAUCACUCCAAUUCUCAAGUUACUGCUGGCGAUGGAAGUGCACAUGCACAUCACCCCAGUUCUCAUAUUACUGUCGGCACUUGGAGCACACAUCAACCCAGUUCUAAUGUCAUUGUUGGUGACGGAAACAGAAGUAACGCUACUUCUCAGGCUACUGUUGGUCAUUGGAGAAGACAUCAACCCAAUUCUCAUGCUACCAUUGGCGACAGAAGCUUAAGUAACUCCAAUUCUCAGGAUACUGUUGGCAAUGGGAGCACACAUAAGCCCAAUUCUCAUGUCACUGUUGGUGACGGAAGCCCAGUUGAUGCCAAUUUUCAGGCUAGUGUUGGCCAUGGGAGUGCACAUAUGUCUCUGGCUGCCGUUGGCGAUGGGAGCACAAAUAACACAGAUUCCGAGGUUGGAGUAGGAGGUGGGAGCAUAAGUAAGGGCAAUUCUCAGGGUACCCUUGUUGAUGGGAACACAAAUUGCCCCAAUUCUACGGUUUCUGUUGGCGAUGGAAGGUCCCAUUACCCUAAUUCUAAGGUUACUGUUGGCGAUGGGAGCACUCCAUCCGCCGAAGACUCCAAUCCGAAAUAUGCGUCCUGCACUGUAGUGGAACAGGGUGAAAUAAGGCGAGACGGAUGUGAAGCCCUUGCAGGUGGUGGCUUAACUUAGCAACAGUUUAGGAGAUUUAACUCAACCGGCAAUAUGUUUUUCCUCCAAAGGGAAUCGAGAAGUACAUGUGUUAGACAGCAAAGCUGUUGCGAAUCACCAGAUUAUCUCUGGGAUUUGUAGGAAGUUUUUUAGUUGAGAAGCAGUUGGGUUCUUUGUAGGAAGACUGUAAUGUUAGGCCUCCCAAUUGAGAAUGGUGCCAUGGUGGUGCGGUUGGUUAUAGCUGUUACAGCAAUUGCUAAUAGCGUUAGACUUGUGGUGAGCUGUGUCGGUAUGUUGAGCAUUGCCAAAUGGUAUGCUGGGCUGAAUUGAGUGAUAUGAUCUGCAAGGGGGCAGGUGUUGGUGAGAUGUUGCAGGUUAUUAGACGAGAUUGUGCAAGGCAUAAUCUUGGCCCCGUUUGUUUCCGCUUGUAUGCGGCUUAUCGGUGGAAAUAAGUGAGAAUCCCG